UGCCGCCGCCGCGGCGGCUGCUGCUGCUCCUGCUCUCCGCCUUGGUGCUUCGGUGCAACUUGGGCUCCGUCAGGGCUUCUCCCCUCCUGCUUUUUGCUAACCGACGAGAUGUCAGACUGGUAGAUGCUGGAGGAGUGAAGAUGGAGUCAACAAUUGUUGUCAGUGGUUUAGAGGAUGCGGCUGCCGUUGACUUCCUGUAUUCACAAGGUGUUAUUUACUGGACAGAUGUGAGCGAAGAAACGAUCAAACAGACAUAUUUUAACCAAACUGGGAAUCUGGUGCAAAAUGUCAUAGUUUCAGGUCUGGUUUCUCCAGAUGGCCUAGCAUGUGACUGGAUUGGGAAAAAACUGUACUGGACGGACUCUGAAACUAAUAGGAUAGAAGUUGCUAAUCUCAAUGGAACAUCUAGGAAAGUUCUUUUUUGGCAAGACCUUGACCAGCCAAGAGCAAUAGCACUUGAUCCAGCUCAUGGAUACAUGUAUUGGACAGACUGGGGGGAGACACCUAGAAUAGAGCGUGCUGGAAUGGACAGCAGUGUUCGGAAAAUAAUUGUGGAUUCUGACAUUUAUUGGCCUAAUGGACUCACCAUAGAUCUUGAAGAACAAAAACUUUAUUGGGCUGAUGCAAAGCUGAGUUUCAUUCACAGAGCAAAUCUGGAUGGCUCUUUCAGGCAAAAGGUUGUGGAAGGUAGUCUCACUCAUCCAUUCGCCCUGACGCUAGCUGGAGAUACCCUGUACUGGACAGAUUGGCAGACUCGCUCCAUUCAUGCCUGCAACAAAAGGACUGGAGAAAAAAGGAGAGAGAUGCUAAGUUCGCUUUACUCACCAAUGGACAUCCAGGUUUUGAGCCCUGAAAGGCAACCGUAUUUUCACACACCUUGUGAGGAUAAUAAUGGUGGCUGCUCCCAUUUGUGCCUGUUGUCCCCAAGAGAUCCGUUUUACAGCUGCAACUGCCCCACUGGAGUCCAUCUUCAAGAAGAUGGCAAGACCUGCAAAGCAGGUGCUGAAGAAGUACUUUUGCUUGCUAGAAGAACGGAUUUGCGAAGAAUUUCAUUGGAUAUGCCAGACUUCACUGACAUUAUUCUGCAAAUAGACAAUAUCAGACAUGCUAUUGCAAUAGACUAUGAUCCUGUUGAGGGUUAUAUAUAUUGGACUGAUGAUGAUGUCAGAGCCAUUCGACGAGCUUUCCUUGAUGGAUCUGGGGCCCAGACCCUUGUGACAACAGAAAUAAACCAUCCUGAUGGCAUAGCAGUGGACUGGGUGGCUAGAAACUUAUACUGGACAGACACUGGAACAGAUCGUAUUGAAGUGACUCGGUUGAAUGGGACAUCAAGAAAGAUCCUCAUAUCAGAAAACCUAGAUGAACCCAGAGCCAUAGUCCUUAAUCCUGCAAUGGGCUAUAUGUAUUGGACAGACUGGGGUGAAAAUCCAAAGAUUGAGUGUGCUUAUUUGGAUGGCUCUGAAAGGAAAGUCCUUGUGAACACCUCACUAGGGUGGCCCAAUGGUUUGGCACUGGAUCUUGAAGAAGGGAAACUUUACUGGGGAGAUGCAAAGACUGACAAAAUUGAGGUAAUAAACAUGGAUGGAACCAUGAGAAAAACUCUCAUAGAAGAUAAACUUCCACAUAUAUUUGGAUUUACUUUGCUGGGUGACUACAUCUACUGGACAGACUGGCAAAGGCGAAGCAUUGAAAGAGUUCACAAAAUAAGGGCAAGUAGAGACAUCAUCAUUGAUCAGUUACCAGAUCUAAUGGGCCUUAAAGCAGCAAGUGUCACCAAAGCUGUUGGAACAAAUCCUUGUGCUGAGAAUAAUGGAGGCUGCAGCCACUUGUGCUUCUACACACCCCAAGAGUGCAGAUGUGCCUGUCCCAUCGGACUAGAAUUACUUAGUGAUAUGAAGACUUGCAUCAUUCCAGAAGCCUUCCUCGUCUUCACCAGCAGGGCAGCCAUUCAUAGGAUUUCUCUUGAAACCAACAACAAUGAUGUAGCUAUUCCACUGACAGGUGUCAAGGAAGCUUCUGCACUAGAUUUUGAUGUGUCUGACAACAGAAUCUAUUGGACGGAUAUUAGUUUAAAGACAAUAAGCCGGGCUUUCAUGAAUGGAAGUACAGUUGAACAUGUGAUUGAGUUCGGGCUGGAUUACCCUGAAGGAAUGGCUGUAGACUGGAUGGGGAAAAACCUUUAUUGGGCAGAUACCGGAACCAAUAGAAUUGAAGUGGCACGCCUAGAUGGACUAUACCGGCAAGUACUUGUGUGGAAGGAUUUGGAUAACCCCAGGUCUUUAGCCCUUGACCCAUCUAAAGGGUUCAUGUAUUGGACAGAGUGGGGAGGCAAACCAAAGAUUGUCCGAGCAUAUAUGGAUGGGUCAAACAGCAUCACUUUAGUAGAUAAAGUGGGACGUGCCAACGAUCUUACUAUUGAUUAUGAAGAUCAAAGACUCUAUUGGACUGACUUGGACACAAGCAUGAUUGAGUCAUCAAAUAUGCUAGGACAAGAAAGGAAAAUAAUAGCGGAUGAUCUGCCUCAUCCCUUUGGGCUAACUCAGUACAGUGACUUCAUAUACUGGACAGAUUGGAACCUUCACAGUAUAGAAAGAGCUGACAAGACAAAUGGGAGAAACCGGACACUAAUUCAGGAGCGUCUGGAUUAUGUGAUGGAUAUAUUGGUUUUCCAUUCAUCACGACAGGAUGGCCUUAAUGAAUGCGUGCAAAACAAUGGGCACUGUGGACAGUUGUGCCUAGCCAUACCAAAUGGCUACAAAUGCGGUUGUGCUUCUCAUUACACCUUGGAUCCCAACAGCCGGAACUGCAGUUCACCCAGCAACUUCUUACUUUUUAGUCAGAAAUCUGCAAUAAGUCGGAUGAUACCAGAUGACCAGCAGAGUCCAGACAUCAUUCUUCCUAUUCAUGGACUAAGAAAUGUCAAAGCUAUUAAUUAUGAUCCCUUGGAUAAAUUAAUCUAUUGGGUAGACGGACGUCAGAAUAUUAUUAAAAGAGCCAAAGAUGAUGGCACUCAGCCUUUCACAGUCAUGGGUACUCCCAGCCAAAGCCAAAAUACAGAAAAGCAGCCACAUGACUUGAGCAUUGAUGUUUUCAGCCACACUUUGUACUGGACCUGUGAAGCCACGAAUACAGUCAAUGUGCACAGACUCAAUGGGGAGCAGAUUGGGGUUGUGCUACGUGGAGACCAUGACAAACCAAGAGCCAUUGUAGUGAAUGCUGAGCGAGGAUAUAUGUAUUUCACCAAUAUGCAAGAACGAGCCCCAAAGAUUGAGCGUGCGGCCUUGGAUGGCACAGAACGAGAGGUGCUCUUCACCACUGGCUUGCUCCGGCCUGUUGCAUUAGUGGUUGACAACAAGAUCGGCAAGCUGUUUUGGGUGGAUGCAGAUCUCAAGAGAAUUGAAAGCUGUGACUUGUCAGGAGCGAACCGCGUGACAUUACAAGAUUCCAACAUUCUGCAGCCGAUGGGUCUGACAGUAUUGGGAAAUCAUCUGUAUUGGAUUGACCGCCAGCAGCAGAUGAUAGAAAGAGUUGAGAAAAUCAGUGGAUACAAGAGGACCAGAAUACAAGGUCGAAUUGCUCACCUUACAGGCAUUCAUGCAGUUGAAGAUAUCGACAUGGGGGAAUUCUCUGCCCAUCCAUGUUCCCGGGACAAUGGUGGAUGUUCACACAUCUGUAUAGCGAAAGGAGAUGGAACUCCAAGGUGCUCAUGCCCAGUUCAUUUGGUACUUCUCCAGAACCUUUUAACAUGUGGAGAGCCUCCAACAUGUUCUCCAGACCAGUUCACAUGUGCAACUGGUGAAAUAGACUGCAUCCCUAUGGCAUGGCGAUGUGAUGGAUUCUCUGAAUGUGAUGAUCAGAGUGAUGAGGAUAGCUGUCCAAUCUGCUCAGUCACCCAAUUUCAGUGUGAGAAGGGGCAGUGCAUUGAUGCAAGUUUGAGAUGUAAUGGAGAAAUCGAUUGCCAGGAUAAAUCUGAUGAAGCAGAUUGUGAAACAGUUUGUCUCCAAAAUCAGUUUCGAUGUGCCAGUGGCCAGUGUAUCCUCAAAAAACAGCAGUGUGACUCUUUUCCAGACUGCAUUGAUGGCUCUGAUGAACUUGCAUGUGGAAAAAUUAAAUCUUCCUCAGUUGAGUCUCAGCCUCACAGUAGUGCUAUUGGCCCUGUCAUUGGUAUCAUCCUUUCGCUCUUUGUCAUGGGAGGAAUGUACUUUGUUUGCCAGCGAGUGGUAUGUCCACGUUACGCUGGGCCCAAUGGCCCAUUUCCUCAUGAAUAUGUCAGUGGUACCCCUCAUGUCCCCUUAAAUUUUAUUGCUCCAGGGAGUUCUCAGCAUGGUACUUUCACUGGCAUCUCUUGCGGAAAAUCUAUGAUCAGCUCCAUGAGCCUGAUGGGAGGAAGUAGUGGUGCCCCUCUGUAUGACAGAAACCAUGUAACUGGAGCCUCCUCUAGUAGCUCAUCUAGUACCAAAGCCACUUUCUAUCCACAGAUUCUAAACCCACCACCUUCACCAGCCACUGAUCGUUCCCUCUAUAACACAGAAAUGUUCUAUUCCUCAAACAUUCCUUCAACAACAAGAUCUUAUAGGCCCUAUCUUAUAAGGGGAAUAGCUCCACCAACUACUCCUUGCAGCACCGACGUAUGUGACAGUGACUACACUACAAGCCGGUGGAAAGCCAAUAAAUACUACAUAGAUCUAAAUUCAGACUCAGAUCCUUACCCUCCUCCUCCCACCCCCCGCAGUCAGUACAUGUCAGCAGAAGAGAGCUGUCCACCUUCUCCAGCCACAGAGCGAAGUUACUUCCACCUCUAUCCCCCUCCCCCUUCUCCUUGUACGGACUCCUCAUGAUUUCAGCAGAAGGAACUUGUCUUGCUUUCUGUAAAUAUAUUUUAAAUAUGAACAAAGAUUUUUAAAUAUAUAUUUUAUGAUCUAAAAUGGGGAGGGAACUUUUAAAAUGUGAAUAAAAAUGGGUGGGCCAGGGCUGUGAAAAUUGUACAGCAAAAGAAUAUUUAUAAGUUGUGUUUUUUAACUUAAUAUCCAUUCUUUUGUGCCAUAUUUUGCCUUUGCAUUGAAGUCACAAAAUUUAAAUUGACCUCCAAAGGAGGUGGGAAGCGGGGAAUAUAUACUUGGAGCUUUUUGAAAUCACCAUUUUGAUUCUGUAAAGGGGAAUGUGCUGAAUUAGUUUGUUUUGUUUGUUUUUGUUUGUUUUUCAAGUAACAAAAAGGUGAGUUAGAAAUACUGUAUGAAUGAAUGGCAGUGUUGUUUGAAAUACACGCACAGGAAAUUAGAUUUUUUAUUUUAAAGGAUGCUUGAUCAUCUUGAUUAUAGGUAAUUAUGAACUAACUUGAUCAUCUGCCUUGAUCAUACCUUGAUCAUCUGCAUCUACGUUGAACAUAGGUGAUUAACCACAAAAAUGCAAUUUCUUUUGGAAUGCUGAAUGCAGGAGGAGACUUCUCCUGUUCUCAUUCCAUCAUCAUUCACUUUCCAGAUACAUCUGUGCACAAGGAAAUGUGGAAUUCUGAAAGUUGCACUCACUUUAUUCAGCACAAAUUACUGCUACUGUAAGAAAAUAAGCACGUACCCAAUUGGGAAUUUUUGUGCCCAGCAAAGUCCUGUCAGGCUUCUGGCAGCCUUAAUGUAAUAUUAAUCGGGGAAGCAAAUGAAGUUUCAUCAUUCAGUAGAAGCCAUGCAUUCAGCUUAGCAGUUCUUGGGGAGCAUGUAACCAUGAAAUCAGUGGUAGAAAUAGAAACAGAUAACCAGCUGAGAGAUACCACUAUCAAUCUUGUUUUUCUGACAGAGCACAAUAUUUCAGAGAUCUCUUGGUCCCCACAGCCUGUGAGGCAUCUUUCUCUUUCCUCCUCCUGCUUUGUUGGGCGCAGCCAAACUCUGUAAAACUUUUGAAUUUCAAUUUUUGUUGCAAAAAUCAGGACAGCCACAUUUAGUUGCACAAUACAUUUCAGUAAAAAUUGUCCCCAAGUCGUUGAGCAGCAGAUUAUGUGCAAAUCACUGGGCAGUAGAUACCUUUUUGAAACAGGCAUGCCUCCUCUCACACACACAGAGCAGGAGUGCCGUUGCUAAGUCAGGGUCUAAUAUCAAAUUGGAGCAUGUGCAUUUUUUCUUCAGAAAAAUAAUGUUAUACUGCUAUGUAGAUUUAAUUGUGAUUGGUCAGUUAAAAUAGUAUGCUUAAUUGAUUUAUUUUUUAAUUGCAUGAUAUAAGUGACAGGAGUGUUUCUGGGUCUCAGGAUUGGAUAUUAGUACAGUGCAUGCCAUCAGAAAGCUGGAAAAAACUUGAAAGCAAAUUUUAAACUCCACUUGUUUUAGAGGUUUGACUUGUUUUCAUCCAUUAAAAAAGACAUUAUCUGCAUUACUACAGUUGCCAAAUUACCUUAGAGACCAAAUUACCUUAGAUCAGUAUUGGAUUACAACUCUCAGCAUACCCUAGCAAGCAUGCUGGAAGUUGUAGGCCAGUAUAAUUGGAGGGCAGCAGUUUGGGCUGACUUACUUCUUUAAACAGAGUCGGAGGAGGGUUUUGAAGGUCACCAAGUCCAAUGCUGUGCUUGUUGCAUGAAAUCUAGAGCUUAAAGCCUUUAAAAUCAGAUGAUUAUCCAGCCCACACAGCCUCUCAUUUAAUUUGUUCCUUUGCCAAACUGCUCUUACCAUUAAGAAAUUUCUGCUAAUGUGCAGUUAGAAAUCUAUCCCCCAGUAACUUUAUUACUGUUGUUGCUAUGGGACUAUUGGAAAUACAUUUUCUAGUAACCUGAUCCCAUUAAAUUUGGUCCUACCCUCUUUGUCCUUUCUCAGACAAUAAUGCUAGAUCCCUCUGAAGCAACUUUGUGUAAUUCACUGAAGCCUCCAUAAUUUGCAUGUUGUGUGUUAGAGGUCCGUAGAAUGUGAAGCCACCAUUAAAUCCUGAUCCGCAUCCGCCUAUGGCACUAGUGCAGCAUCCUGGCUUAACAGUGUGUUCUGAAGUAAUGUGCCAGCAUAGCUGUUGUCAUCUCUCAUCCUAAUGUGAGUGCAUGGUCAGCCUCCUAGCAAAUAUUUACUCUGCAACACCAGAUUGCUGCUGAGUAAGACAGGGCUCCAUAUUCAACCCAGCACUCUAUGCCUCUUAUACACGCGCUGACCUUUUUGCUUGGGUGGGUUCUUCUAAUCUCUUUGCCUAUGGAGAGCAGUUUCUCUCUGUGGAAUUAAAUGUGGAAUUCUGUUUAAAUGCAUUGGCUCUUCCCCAAAAUGUAUAAGAAGAGUAUUGGGUCAAGUGAGAUUUGUAUUUGUACUUGAAGAUGCUAGUUUUCACAGUGGGUUGGGAGGAAAAAUAGCAAAACUUCUUGUGUUAGCUACCUGUAUGUUUGCUUUUGCAUGUUCAGUCUGAUUGUGCUGCACAAAAUACUUGGAAGCUGUGUAUUGCAAAAACUACAAUGUGAACAAACUAUGGCAUACAAUUGGAAAGUGAGGAAGAGAACAAAAAUUACAGCCUGUUUUCACAGCUGCAAAACAGCAGGUGCAGCAAGCUUUUGACAACCUUAAAACCACUGACAAGAAUGAAAAAUGUUCCUUUUUGAACUCAUAGCUGGAUUUUUAGCAAAUAUGUCUGGCACAGCAUAAUGUGAAACUUCUCCAAACUCUGGCCAGUAUUUCCUAUCAUAUUGACAGGGUGAAGUUUCUUACCACUGCGUUCGUUAUGUCUGGCUGUAUUUGGACCUUACAGUAUAAUUCAGAGAAGGAGCUGCUGGUUAGAUCUGUGAAUUGGGUGGAGUGUUCAGUUCCAGUCUCAAUAUAUUAGUAUUUUACAGUCACAUUUUCUUCUUUUGUUACUAGUAUGGUGGAGAAAACCCUAUAAUAAUGUCUAAAUACCAACUAUAUGCCCAUGAAUACUGCAAACAUAACAUCCUAUUCCUAUAAGUUUCAGGAUGCCAUACAUGUGGUGAUACUGCUUGCACUUGGAACACAGACAUCACUCACAGUAAUGCAUUGAGGGGUUCAGGUCAAACACAUAAUAGUGUGCUAAUCUAUUAAGUAUUCUCUACAGAUCUCUGAUUAAUGAUACAAACUGCUGGAGUUGGAAAGUCUAGUCCAAUCCUACAUUCCAUAUAUCUAACUGAGUUAUAAGUAAAGGAUGCAUGUAUAUUUUACAGUUAAGAAAAUUUUAGCCAGUGUUUGACUUUGGCAUAACUGUGUUUAAUCUUUUGUGUGGCGUUUGUGAAGUGUUGCUCUUUUGGUUGUUAACAUUGCUGGCUUUCAUCACAUGUGCAUGCCAAUUUCCUAUUUUCUUACAAGUGCCAUUGAAUGCUAGAAGAGAGAGGAUCUGUCUUCUCAUGCUGAAAGCCUCCAUAUGGAAGCUGCCUCUGCUGGAUCCCCCAUCUCUGCUGCACUCAUCUGGUUCGCCUGUUCCUCUGUGUGGCAUUUUCAAAAGGUUGGAGGGACCAUGGUAGUAAUGAGGCACUGAGGAAAUCAGUUUCAGCUAAUCCAGCUGCAGGCAACUCCAGGCAACUCCAACCAGCGAUUUCAGUAAACCAUUGAUCUUCUUAAAAGAAAAAGGAGAGUAGGGACUUGCAUUAUUGCUGGUGCUCAUCUGCUUUCUCGGGAAAAUGCUGUUCUGCAUGAAGUUGGAUGCAAAGCGCUUUGAGCAGAUGAAAAAUAAAAAUUAGUUCUGUUCAGCACGCAGAGUUCAUAUGGUGAUAUCUUCUAUGAGGCAGGUUCUCUAAUAUGCCUCUGCUAAUGCAAGAAGUUUCAUAAGCUGUUGCAUAAGGUGGAUAUAAUCUUUGGACUUAAUUUUACUUUUCUCACACAGUGUUCUUGUGUAAGAUGUAAAAACAUUGUUGUACCAAAUGUACACUUGGUGUUCCUGACAAAUGUAUUAAUUAAGGACUGUCCCACUGAUUUAAACAAAAACAUGGGUUGUUUAAAAGUUGUCACAUCUGUUUCCCAUUCAUUUCAGUGCAUUUUGACCAAUUUUUAUUAACAUCAAUGUCAAGCCUUUAUUAAUAUAAGUCUGAAAGUGAAUUCAACCAACCUGAUACACACAAGAAUUUUUGGAGAGAAAUUAUGGAUCUUGCAUCUAAAAAUAAACUAUAUGAAAAGAAAGCACCUUUAGGCAAGCAGCUGUGUUCCCAAGAGGUCCCCUGUGGUUAACUUUUUAAAGUGUGUGUGUGUGGGGGGGGUGAGUGUGUGCGCGCAUGCGUGAUGUGGAAAGAAGGGUGUAAUGUCAAGCUUAACUUGUAAAAUAAUAUUUGUGGAAAAUACUUUGUAAAUAAUGCAAUUGAAGUAUUUGCAAUUAGAAAAAAGAACUGUUGAUUUAAUUAAAUAAAAAUCCUAUUGGCCUGGGGGGGGGGGGCAAAGCAAAAUUAGAGUUGCUAGGUUGCAACCCUGAGGUUUCUCCUUGUACAUUUGAACCUUUGCUCAGUUCGGUAGCCAGCCAGAAAGCCACUUCUCUGCCUCUCAUCCCCAUUACUUUCUGUGCAGUCUGCCUAGAGUUCUGCUCAUUACAGUAAUCAGGGCAAAGGAAGCAAGGAGAGGACAUGGAGUAGAAGUAGCAACAACCUCCUCUUACCAUUGGGGUAAAAAGGGAGUCACUGAAUUGCAACCAGGCAACUCUGAGCAAAGCAAUAUAUGGUGGGGUAAUACUUUGCUUGUUACGUAGGAGAUUCAGAGGGCAUUCUUAAAAAAUAAACCCGAAACCCAGGCUGCUUCCUGUAUUGUAUCUAAAUAUUUGCAAUUGCUGCUAAUGUAAAAUGUACAUGAAUAUAUACAAAUAUUACCAAGAAUUGUUAUAAUAGACUCACGCCAAUCUGUUUUAUAUUUAUAUUGUAAAAUGUAUUCUGCAAACAGUCUAAAUAUUUUAGCUGUAUACUCUUAUCCAUUUUGUAGACACAAUUUGUCAUAAACAUUAAAAAGUGCCUUUGGUAUUUUUAAACAGCCUAGCAUAUUGACUUGGGCCGAUGAUAACAAAGCCUUAAAAAGCAAGUAGCCUUUUGUUCAUUGUGCUCCAUUGCUUAAUUUUUCACCAAACAUUGUGUUGAAAAAUGUAUUAAUAUGCUCAAUUCAUUCCAAACAAAGGCAUUCAUGGGAUGGUGGAACUAAGCUUAUUUGUACAUCUUCAAUGCAACAUCACUAAAUAUUGACUUUAGAAGUCUGAUGUGAGUUUGCGCAAAUACCCUGUCAAGAAAUUUUUGCUCGGAAACUUUAGUAUUCCAAGGGAACUUCCACUCAAACAACGUAUCUCCUUUUUGAUGGAGCCUGAGUGUUACAGUUUUACUGAUUAUGCACUCAGUUUAAAAUUAUAUGUAAAGUUAAAGUCUAAGUGCUAAAAUUAAAUCAUUUUCCUUCCAAGGUCUGCAAUUCAUAGUACUGCUAAUUUUUUUAUACCAUAAUAUUAAAUUCUUGUAUCACCAGCAGAAAAGUUAUUAAAAUUACUGGUAUUCAGCUUAUAAAGAGGACUGCUGAAAAUACAAUUUUUCUUACAAAUAGGCAUACACCACUGUUCCACUGUACAGACCUUUGCCAGCAAGAAAACAGUACAACCUAGCCACGAAUAAGUUCUUUGUACGUAAGUCCGGUUAAUUUCAGUGGAAGAAGAAGCAUGUCUUUAACUCUCUAUUAUUUAACUCAAUGAGACCUAAAAGCAUAUGCCUUUUGCUGGAUGUGCCCUUAAAAAGGAAUCACAGAUUAAGCUCUUGAUAUUGCAACCUGUAAUUGUUCCAUAUCACCAAUGCUAGAGUUCUGUUUGAAGCUACUGGCUUUGUUUAUACCUGUAGAGUUAACUCUCUUUAUUUUGUACUAUAGAUUUUGAUUACUUUGUUUUGUAAUUAAAACUUUGGGAAAAAUUGUUUGGCACCUUCUUUCAUAAAUGAUUUUUUUAAUCUAA